AUGGCCCCUGCAUGGCGCCGCUGGGCGGACGCUGCAGAACGCAUCGAGCAGCGCGUACGCGCCUCGCUCACACGCAGGUUUGCACACCACGGGAGAUGGAUCUCGCGGCACCAGACACGCACGCUGCUCCUGUGCAACCUGGUCAUUGCAUCGCUCUUUUACCCCGCAGUCGUCAUGUACCUCUUGACGACGUCCGAGUCGGCGGCGCUUGGGCCGUCGUCGCAUACGUGCGUCGAGCGCCACCGUGUACUCGCAGAACAGCCCGCGGCAUGCGUGGGGGGGGCGCUCGCGCCGACCAACAUCUGGGACGUGGCGCUCGUGUCCCUGUCGGAUAUCCUGGGGGGCGGCCGGGUGCAGCGCAGCGACACGAGCUAUGCGGUGCACGAUCUGCGCCUCCUCUGGGACGAGACGCCGUCCCUGGAGGUCGUGCCGUACCCCGAGGACAGAGCGGACGCGCCGACCGUGCACAUGGCCCAGGUCCUUGUCACCGCCAAGGCCGUCCAGCAGGGCGGUGGCUCGCCGUACGGCAUGCUCGAACCACACGCGCUGCUGGCCGCACAGCGUAUGCAGGACGCGCUGGAGCGCCGCCUCGCACUGAGCGAGAUUAGCUGCGUCGAGUCGGACGGGCAGUGCCUCGUUCUGUCGCCCCUCGACUACUGGCACAGGAGCGCCGAGGCGGUGCAUGCGGACUGGCAUCCUGCCAAGUCGUACUCUGGGAGCCCGGUGCGUGCGGUGGUCACGCCGCCUGUCGCGCCGUUGGUCGCAAACAGCACGAUGCCGCUGCUGUACUCGACGACACUCGCGAGCCGCUGGCCGUACCUCCCCCUCUUUUCGCGCGCCGAGUACCUCGUGCUGACCUUUUUCCUGCACGACUCGCCGGACAUCUGGACGCACUGGCGCGCGAUUGUCGAGGCGACCGCCGCCGAGACCGACCAGGCGACGCUGUCUGUGCCGACGCACGUCGGGCCGGGCGAGACGUUUCUUCGCUUUAAGCCACAGUCUCUCACCGCGCGGCCGACGCUCAACAUCUCGGUCGUCGCCGGGGGCUACAUGAUCCUCCUGUCGUUCAUUUUUCGCGGGCUCGUGCAGAUGCGCCGCCUGCACUCGCGCUUCGGUAUUGCCUUUACUGGGUCGGUGCAGCUGGUGCUCGACUUGAUCAUGAGUCUGAGCGUGUGUGCUCUGCUCGGCAUCCGCCUCACGGCUGUCCCCUGGUCGAUUUUGCCGUUUAUUAUUGUCGUCGUGGGGUCCGAGUCGAUGCUGUUCAUGAUCCGCACGAUUACCAACACGCCCGUCUCGCUCACGAUGCACGCCCGCAUUGCGUAUGGCCUGUCGCAGGUCGCCGGGCCCAUCACCCUUACCGCGCUGUCGGACAUUGUGCUGCUGAUCCUCCUUGCGUCGACGAUCCGCGUCCCUGCCGUGUUGCAGUUCUGUCUCUUUACGAUCUGCACGCUCGUCGUCGACUACUUUAUGCAAAUGACCUUUUUCCUGACGGUCCUGAGCAUCGACAUGCAGCGCCUCGAGCUCGCCGAGGUCCUCCUGCAAGGCGCCAGCGCUGCGUCUGCGCCGCAGACGCAGAUGGUCGAUGCACAGCCGCCCCACGAGCCGUACCGCCCGCGCUCGGCGGUCGGCCUGCUCAUGUCGGGCGGACGCGCGCUGUGGCGGACGCGCUCUGUGCGCUCGCUGCGCUUCUCGAUCGUGGCGACGGUCGUGCUCACGACCGUCUUUUACUUUGCCGCGGACGGCACCGCCCGGGCCUACCUCGCCUCGCUCCUCUUUGCGCCCUUCGGUAUGACGGCGGAUACGGAGAAGGGCGACGUGGCCGAUGCUCUUCAAGGGAGCGCGUACGGCGCGCUGUGGGCCGCCAUCAAUCCCGAGAAAGCAUCGAUCGUGCGCAUGGUCGUCGAGCCGUGGGCGCUUGUCGUCUUGCGCGACAAGUCGCUCUCGGGGAACGGCCACACACCGCCGGGCCCAUGGCUCGAGCAGCUCUUCUUCCACCGGCGCGGCGCGACGCUCUUUCUCGUGUUCUUGUUUGUCGUGUGCCCCAUCGCAGGCACGAUGCUCAUCAUGUCCGUCGUGCUGCGCUACCUGCGCAAGGACGCCGACCUCCUCGAGACGCAACAGGAUAAGUCGGAUGGCGCGGACGCGGGGCUGCAGAGCCUCUUGCAGCCGGGUCGCCCACGCGCAGCGUCCGAGGCGCAUGGCGCGCUGCGUGUGCACGUCGAGGCGCUCACCGACGAGCUGCACCCUGCUCCGCUGCAUGCGAUCUGCGCCGACGGCACAUGGGUCGCGAGCGCGGACGUGUGCAACACGCUGCGCACCGCGCACGGCCCCCGCGCAUCGCUCGCGGCACUCGCGGCGCUGCGCACCGACGCGGGUGCCGCGCCGGACGGCUCUCGCAUCCUGACCAUGGCCCUUGCCGCGUCCGGCGACCGCGCGCUCCUUGCGCUCGGCCAGGCGUCUGGGCGCGUAUCGGUCGUGGCGCUCCCCGGUCUGCAGCUGCUGAUGGACGCGACCGAGAGCGAGAGCCCGCUGGCGCCGGUCCAAAACGUGUCGUUCCGCAACGAGACGCUCGUCACCUUCCACCGCGACGGCCGCCUGCUUGCGUGGCGAGGCAUCCCCCCGAUCCCAGACGAGGAUACGAGCUGGACGCGCCCGGCGGCAAUUGCGAGUGCGUACGCGCUUGCGCCGCCGCUGCCGACCUCUGCCUGGACGUACAUCACGGUCGAGGCCGCGGCCGACGUGUGUGGCGUCGUCUCUGCGAAAGGGCAGCUUGUCCUCUUCUCCGUCGCGCCGUCCAAGCAAGCCACCGAUACCCUAGCGGCCGACCCCCUGCGCCACGUCCAGGCGCCGGCGCUGUGCCGCUGUGCGCUUGUGCUCGACGCAGAAGAGGACGGGGCGGCCGCCGCCGCCACGCCGCUCACGCCGCCGCGGCAUCCCCAGCGGCGCACGAAGCCGUGGCUCAUUGCGGGCGACCAGAGCGGCGUGCUGCACCUCUGGGAGGUCGCCCAGACGCCGACCGCGAGCCUUGCGCUCGCGCCGGGCGACGGCGCAGUGAAGCGGCUGCAGCGUGUUGGCGGCACGUUCGCACACCCCGUUCUCCUGGCCGCGACGGCGAACCGCGUGUGGUUUGUUGGCGCACACACCGAGGGCGAUACACCGAGCUUUGUGCUCCUCGGGAGCGUCGAGAACACGCGCGGCGCAGCCGACCUGCUCACAGUACCCCCGCGGUGGGUGCUCGGUGUGCGGCGUGCGCCCGCCGCGCCGAGCACCGCGCCGAGCGACGCGCGCGCGACGCCGCGCUGGGAGGCGUGGCGGAUGCGCGUGCCUCGGUUCAAUCCGGUGGACUUUUCGCCGUCGCAGAGCCUGCCGCACCUCGAGCGCGUCCCGUUCCCCCUGGAGCAGCUGAUCGGCGCCGGCGUGCGCCAGCGGCUGGCCGACCUCGAUGCGCCGCCGCCGUCGCGGCUGCCGCUGCUCGCUGCGCGCAUCGAAGAGAUGGUGCGGGUGCCGAGCGAGGAGGGUACGCAAUGGUAUAUACCGUUUGGGUCGUGUCUCGUGACCCUUGCUGCGUCGUAG